GAAGCGGGCGGUGCUUUGGCUGACUUGGACAUGUCAGCCCCUGGUCUGGGAUAGGGCUUUCCUUUCCCAGGAGCCCGAAGGCCUUCUGGUGACUGGUACCAUCCUCACCUCGGAGCGUGGGUCCUAAACCCUGGACCGCUGUGGCGGUGGCGGAGUUUCCCGGUCGUUCCAGACGCUGUCUGGCGAGAUCGGACGGGAAUUGUAUCCACUGAAGACUUGAGAUUACUAGAUAUGCUCCAGCCCUGUACGUGAAGCACUUUGGUCAGUCAGCGUGAACAUUCAAUAAUGAGUGGUGCGGCUUUGGGACUCGAGAUUGUUUUUGUCUUUUUUCUGGCAUUAUUUCUACUUCAUCGAUAUGGAGACUUUAAGAAACAGCAUAGACUUGUAAUUGUUGGAACACUACUAGCUUGGUACCUCUGCUUUCUUAUUGUCUUCAUACUGCCUCUGGAUGUUAGUACGACGAUAUACAACCGGUGCAAGCAUGCUGCUGGCAACUCCAGCCCCGCUGAGGGCAGCAACGGCUCCGGACUGGACGCCUCGGCCUCCCCAGCUCCAAGCCAACAUCCAUGUUUCAAGCCAUGGAGUUACAUUCCUGAUGGAAUCAUGCCGAUUUUCUGGCGGGUAGUAUAUUGGACAUCACAAUUUUUAACAUGGAUCCUCUUACCCUUCAUGCAGUCCUAUGCAAGGUCAGGAGGUUUUUCCAUCACCGGAAAGAUCAAAACUGCACUGAUAGAGAAUGCAAUCUAUUAUGGCACCUACUUGCUGAUUUUUGGAGCAUUCUUAAUUUAUGUGGCUGUAAACCCACAUUUGCACUUAGAAUGGAACCAGCUGCAGACGAUUGGGAUAGCUGCUGCGAACACAUGGGGCCUGUUUCUUCUGGUAUUAUUGCUGGGGUAUGGCUUGGUGGAAAUCCCUCGGUCGUACUGGAACGGAGCGAAGAGAGGUUAUCUACUUAUGAAAACUUACUUUAAGGCAGCCAAGUUGAUGACAGAGAAAGCAGAUGCGGAAGAGACGUUAGAAGAUGUCAUGGAGGAGGUUCGUAAAGUGAAUGAAAGCAUCAAGUAUAACCACCCAUUGAGAAAAUGUGUUGACACAAUUCUUAAAAAGUGCCCUACAGAGUAUCAGGAAAAAAUGGGUAGGAACAUGGAUGAUUAUGAAGAUUUUGAUGAAAAGCAUAAUACCUAUCCUAGUGAAAAAAGUCUGGUGAAACUGCAUAAACAGGUUAUUUACUCAGUUCAGAGGCACCGUCGAACUCAGGUACAAUGGCAGAUUCUUUUGGAACAAGCAUUUUAUCUAGAAGAUGUAGCAAAAAAUGAGACUAGUGCUACUCAUCAGUUUGUUCACACCUUUCAAUCGCCGGAGCCAGAAAAUAGAUUUAUCCAAUACUUUUAUACUCCUACAGUUGAAUGGUACUGGGAAUGUCUUCUGCGGCCGUGGUUUUACAGAAUACUUGCUGUGGUCUUGUCCAUUUUCUCGGUGAUUGUCGUGUGGUCAGAGUGCACGUUCUUCAGCACUACCCCUGUCUUGUCCCUCUUUGCAGUCUUCAUUCAGUUGGCCGAAAAAACGUACAAUUAUAUUUAUAUCGAGAUUGCUUGCUUCCUUUCCAUCUUCUUCCUAAGUAUCUGUGUUUAUUCUACUGUGUUCAGGAUUCGUGUGUUUAACUAUUAUUACUUGGCUUCACAUCACCAGACUGAUGCUUACAGCCUUCUUUUCAGUGGCAUGUUAUUUUGCCGUUUGACUCCUCCUUUAUGUCUUAAUUUCUUGGGUCUGACCCAUAUGGAUUCUUCCAUCUCUCACCAGAAUACGCAGCCGACAGCUUAUACCUCUAUUAUGGGUUCCAUGAAAGUUUUAUCCUUUAUUGCAGAUGGAUUCUAUAUAUAUUAUCCUAUGCUGGUGGUAAUUCUCUGCAUCGCUACUUAUUUUAGUUUGGGAACUCGUUGCUUGAAUCUACUUGGUUUCCAGCAGUUCAUGGGAGAUAAUGAUAUGACUUCAGACUUAGUUGAUGAAGGAAAAGAAUUAAUCAGGCGAGAGAAGAGAAAACGGCAAAGGCAAGAAGAAGGUGAAAAUCGAAGAAGAGAAUGGAAAGAACGUUAUGGGCAUAAUAGAGAAGAUUCCACUAGAAACAGAAAUGUUCACAUUGAUUCAAAGGAGUCCAGUUUCUCAGAUAUUAGUACGAACCGAUCAUCCAAAUAUACCAGGGCUAAUAACAGGACUGAAAGGGACCGAAUAGAACUCCUCCAAGAUGCAGAACCUUUGGAUUUUAAUGCAGAAGCAUUUACCGAUGAUCCUCUUGAAUCGGAAUCAGGAAGGUAUCAGCCUGGUGGACGAUACCUCUCGAUGUCUCGCAGCAGAAUAUUUGAUGAUGUUUAAAAUUGGAAAGAAUCUAUGGAGUAACUAACCAAAAUCAACACAUCAGUUCAGUCUUUAUGAACGUCUGUGUACCCUAGAAUUUACACUGUAUUCUCAGUGAAAAGUGUCAGGAUAAAAAAUACACUGAAAAUUAAUCACAUCUUAGUAAUAAUAGUUUAUUCUGCAUUGAAUAGAGUAGCAUCUUUUCUAAAAGAAUUUAUUACAUGCCUUUUCUGAAGAGUCUGCCUUAGAAGUACAGUUAUAGUGGAGGGAUUUAAUUCAUGAUAAAGAUCACUAUGUUGAGAUCAUGUAAUUCAGUUUGUUUCAGAUUUUCUUUUCCAGGAAAGUUGAUUUAAAGCUCUGAUGCAGCCCUAAGUCAAACUAAAUAACAUGAUACAAUUCUAUUUUGAUUUACAUUUUUGCUCUUUUUAAAGAAUAUGUUAAGCUUCUGUUUCCCAAAGAAUUGGAGACCUCAAGUAUCCAUAUUUACAAAACCUAUGUCUUAGAACAAGGCUUACUUACAGACAUAACUGAAUGUAAAAAGCUCUUUUUCAACUCUGUAUGUCUAUUAGUGAGGUUUUUGCAUGUACAAUUAAGAUUACACUUCAACCGAUGGUGUUAGUGUCUUAGCGUGUGUAUAAUUCUUCCAUUCUUUGGUAGUAACUGGAAAUCGUUGUAUGCUCUUGGUAUUGCUUUGUAAAAGAUUUCAUUUCACCUUUAUCAUUGAAUGUGUUGGUUUGUUUUGAUUAUACCAUCUAAGGAGAGUCCUACACAUUAAUUGUAAAUAGUAGGAUUUUUUUUAAUAACCAAAGGUUCCCACAAAAUUCUCUAAUUUUUAAGGUGCAUGUUUAUGCUUUUUGAAAAAGAACAUCUGGUUACUCAAAGGUAAAAAGUGAAUCCAUUUUGUGUUAUUACUAACACUUAAAUUAUAGUUUAUAGAAAACAGAAAACUACAGGCAUACCUUGGAGAUGUGGAUUCGGUCCCAAACAAUAUCACACAGCAGUAAAGUGAGUCUUGCAAUAAAGUGAGCCAUAAUCUUUUUGCUGGUGGAGGGUAUUGCCUUCAAUUUAUAAAAAAAGUGCCACCUGUGGGGUAAGAUGUAGCGAAGCACAAUAAAAUGAGGCAUGCCUGCGUAUGGGAGCGGAAGAGUGUACUAGCUUAUUGGUCAAACAUGCUAAUUAUUUUAAAUUGACUUUUUUAAUCUUUGUGUUUAAGUUAGAGUUAGGUAUUAUAUUUUAAAUCAUCACAUUACACAGUGAAUGCAUUUGAGCACAACAUGCUUGCAGAGCUUUUAUGUUCCUAAGAUGUUUGCAGGCCUCAGGAGAGCCGUGCUGUGGAGUCGCCCCACGGUGCCUGCACUUGAGCUUGCCCGCUGCCGUCUCUGCUGACGGCCUACUACCGUGCGAUUUUCAUAGUGCUCGCUUUCACUCCUGAGUAUUCCAGUUUGAAGAGGAAGUAUUUAGCCACUCUAACAAUAUGAUAGUAUGUUUCUUGAAGAUAAUCUUUCCCUGAAUCAUAACUUUUAAUUUUUGUUUUCCUCUUUACUUAGCAUUAUCCUGUAAAUUUCUAAAGACUCAGAUCUAUGCAGAUACUGAAAGGAAUGGUGUAUCUUAUUAUCUAAUUUUCUUCAAUUUUUAUGAUUUUUUUUGAUUGGCUCCCUUUUAAAGUAAUUAUCAAUGGAUAGGUCUUCCUCUUAGUCAGAGGUCAUGUAGAGUGUCCAUUUGAGAUCGCGCACACGCAGCCUCCAUCUGACGUGUGGUACAGGGCAGCAGGCCAGGAGCAGAGGGAAUUCAGUGCUGAUUGUAAUUUCAUGAUUGACCUCUGAAUACCAUGGGCAAGUCAUGGAACCUUUCAGUGCCUCAGUUUCUUCAUUUGUAAAAUGAAGAAGGAACUCGCUGUUUACCUCCUGAUCUACCUCACAAAGCUAUUGUGAGGGCAUUGAGCUGAGGUUUACGUGUGGAGCUUAAAAAGAAAACAAAGUUAGCUGUUAGCUGUGUUGGAUGGGGAAGUGACCACCCCACAGAGGGAUCUAGGUUCUUUUUAUUACAGAGAAUCUUACAAGUCCCCAAAGCAAAAACUCUCUUGGGAAAAUUCACCAGAAGUCCUAUGAAAAUAGUAUUGUUUUAUUAUUUAGUCUUUGGAAUAUUUUCCUUAAGUAUAAUGUUUUUAUCAGGUUUUGUCAUAAAACUCAGAUACUGUUGUAAAAAUGAAGCAGAAAAAGAGAAGAAAUUAUCCAAUUAGUUCUAUAACUCAUAAUGCCCGAAGAUAAAUUGAUAGGAAAGUGGAAGGGAAUAUACUACUUGCCUUUAUUGUUAAGUUUUUAUGAUUAUAAUAAUUGAAAUAUACUUCAUGAACAGUAGAUCACCUUACGACUUCUGAGUUAAGUGAUCCAGAGUACUCAACUUUUUAAGGAGAAUUAAUCUUGCAGGAUUUUACAUAUGAUCAUACUGGAAAGUUAACCUGGCUAGGUGAGUUCAGAAGACAGUGAUUUAAUCCCUGAAAGCUAAGAGUUUAUUGCCAGGGAACUAAGUUAAUAUUUAUUAAGCCUUCUUGUUUAAAAGACUAUAGUAAGUACAAAAGAUUUAUUUUUUGAAAAAUUUAUUAAAAUAGUAACAUCUACUGCAAAAUAUUACUAUGAAAUUAAUACACUUUACAUGCAAAGUACAUCUCUUGAAGUGUUACUUCCAGCAGUUACCUUUUGAUGUCUUUUCUACGUGAUAAUAGUUACCUGAUUAAAUUUUCUGUAUUAUUUUUCUAUAAUUGUUAAAGAAGGAUAUUCAGUAAGCCAGUAAUUAAAAAUAAUCACUGCAGAGAGUAAUUAAUAAUCCACUAACUUCAUAAAUCACCUGUAAGUUGCACAUUGUUUUGUUACUCUGUCAAUAAUCCAUUAUCAGUAUGGCAUCUUUGUAAAAAUUAUUAUUUAAAUAGGAAAUAAGGUAUAAGCCUAAUUGUUAGAAUUUAUUCUCUUACCAAAUGAAUACAAGGGCUCUGGAAUAAUUGCAUCACACAAGAGGCCCUUGUUUCACAAGAGCUAAAUUAAAAUAUCCAAUGGUUCUAUAUUUAUAAAAAACAGAUCAGAGAGCCUGGCAAUAUAAACCUUCAAAAACAAAUUGCUGCCAGUUGAUUUGUUUUUGGACUCUUCCAUUGGAUUAGAUGCUCAGUUCUUAAAUGUAUGCUUUGUGUGUACCCAAAGGAAAUGAAAUGUGGGUGGGAAAGGCAGUGUGUGCUUUCUUAAGUAUAUUAUAGCAUAUUAAUGAAGGAAUUUAAUUUAUGUACAAUAGCAAACCUCACUUUUUUAUAACUUUUUUAUAACUAAUAGGUUUAGGGAGUGUUCUUGAUGGUAUGUUGGUUACCAUUUUAAAAGAAAAAACAUACUCUCCAUGAUUAUAAUUCACACAGUUCAGUUGCGUGAGUUUUAUAUUUGUGAUUUGAAUGGACCAUGCUUGAAAAUCACAAGAACAAUUACACUAAGAGACAAAACUUAUCCCUGAAAAAUCUUAACAUACUUGAAUCUCCAAAGUGUAUUGGGUUGUAUUGUAUUGAAUUCUAAACAUAAGAAGAAAAUGGGUGUAGAGGCUUAACUUCCCUUUCUCAUUCCACUUACACCUUCCUUUCUUUAUGAGGUCUCUCUUUAGAGUAUGGCUUUUAGUCUUGACAGAUUUUUCUUCUGUUAUUUUUUAUUGUAUUUUCCCUCUAUUCUUCUGUAGUUUUGUGUACACAGUUGUUUUUGAUAACAGUACACUCAAAAGGAACUAGUUUCAACUACAAAUCCCACUAGUUAAAUGGCUGUUUUUCACCUAAAGUAGUGAAACAUGUUUUGUUAGGCAACUGCAUGACAUCUGAAUGUAAACUUGACCAGUGCUGGUUGUGUGUCGUCUUUCAGAUUGCUAAGGAGGGCGCUUCAGUAAAACUAAUUGUUCUCAGUGUAAUGUGUUAGCAUAAAAAUGUAUUUCCAAAAGCAGUGAUUGUUAAAAAAGCAAAACAAAAAAUGUUAAAAAUCUUGAGACUGCCCUGGCCUGAGUGGCUCAAUCGGUUGGAGCAUUAUCCUAUAAUCAAAAGGUUGCAGGUUCAGUUCUCGGUCAGGGCACGUACCUAGGUUGCAGGUUUGAUCCCUGGUCCAGGAGCUUAUGGGAGGCAACCAAUCGCUCCUUCUCUCUCCCAUUGAUAUUUCUGUCUCUCCCUUCCUCUCUAAAAGGAACGAAAAAAAUGUCAUCAGAUGAGGAUUAAAAGAGAAGAAAAAAACACACUCGACAUUUUUUUUAAUGAAAGGAAUUCAUCAAUAUGACAUCACUGUUAAAAUUUUUAUUAGGAGAGGUGGGAACAUAUAAGAGGGUUAGAGUCGGCCUCCUAAAAUAGGAAUUCCCUCUGUACAGGGUACUUUACAAGUCAGUGACUUGUUCCUGGAAGCCCCGGCAGGUAGCUCCUUGUCCAGUUUCCAGGGAGCCAGGUCCUGUGAGCCACCUGCGGCUCAGAGCAGGCCCUAGCCCUGCUCUGUCCCCAGCCCCACCACCCUGGAAACAUGCCCUCACCUUUCAUUUCUUUCACGCUCAGCCCAAUAUUCCUAAAAUUUUAUUCUCAUUUUCAAAAGAUCUGUCCAUUGAGGUUGAUGGAAGCCUUGGUGUAAUAUUAAGUGUGUUAAUAAAGCAAGAAAAGUGACACAUUCUUCUCAUGGAUAUCCUAAAAGACAUUUGUUUUUAAUACAUUCCCUGGGGAAAAUUAACUUUUUCCCCCUAAAAAUCCUUUGUGGUUAUUUUGAUCUCAAGUUAUUUUUGCAAAAAGUAAUUCUAGUGUGCUUAGUGGAGAAAAAAAAGUGUCUUGCUAUGGCAGACAUACAAGGAAAAGUCAAAAUUUAUUAACUGACUUUAUGACACCAUUUUGAGUUGAUAUUGUUGAUAUAAAUAUUAUCAACCUAAUUGCUUAGAGUUGUAUUUCUCAAAAGGAAGUUGGCUAGCAUCUUCCCUACUUAGUACACAAAGUUGUAGGGGAGAGACUGUGUAUUUAUUUUUUAAAUGCAAUCCAAUGGAUUUGUUUUUGUCCAUAUUUUGAAAACAAGCUUGAAGAAUUUUUCUCAUUUUAGAAGGUAGAGAACAUGUGGACCUGUCUUUUAAAUUACUGUAAUCUAAUAUAUAUUUAUAAAUUAUACCAUUGAAAAAGAGGUCUGAUACUGAUGUUACUUCCUAGUAUUUAAUUUUUAUAAAAUGUUUUGUAAGUAACUAAUUGUAGUAUUGCUUUUAAGUAGUUUAAAAAAACCUUUCUCAAAUAAAUUCUGCCCAGAACCUAUUUCCUUAGGGCAAUAUUCUAAAGUUCACUAGUCCCGUGUGAAUUUGAAAUAUUCCUAUAUCUCUUUAGUAUCUUUUUAUAUAUACCAGUACCCAAACAAAGUAUAACAAAAGCCUAAUUUCUGUGUUGCAUUAAUAAAGUAUGUGCUAAUUAUCUAAUUCAAUGGAUUAGGUGAAAUAAAAGAUAAGCCUUUUUCAAAUGUGUAUCUGAUCAUACUUUUUCAAAAUGUUCAUCAUGUUUAUUUUGGUGCAUGAUGCCAAAUUUAUCUUUAAUCAGCUAUUACUACCUGAUUUGUAUAUCUGAUCAGUGGGUUGUGGAUUUAACUAUUUUUCUCUGCAAAUUCUCAUUACAUUUUCAAAUAUGUAUUUGGAAAAAGCUGCAAAGUGCUAUCUAUUAAGUAAAUUAGCAUCUUUGGCCUUAUCUAUGCAUAAUGUUUCCAGUUUGGUUUUGACAAACUCAUGGGCUUGCAAUUGCUCUGUAGUAUUUUAACUUAUUGUGAUGUAAUACAUUUUUUGAAAUGUUUAUUUGAUUAGCUGUUAAAAUAUAGAAAAUUA